GUGCGGGGCGGGCAAGUCUGUGGUGCACGCAGGUGUGCAGGUGUGCGGGGCAGGCAGGUGUGCGGGCUGCCGGGCGCCGCUCCCGAGCCAGCGCGGCAUUGCACGUGUGUGCCGGACACCGCACGCGUGGGUGCCAGAUACCGCCCGUCUGUACCGGGCAGCGCGGGAGGGCGUGCGUGGCAGACGUUGCACAUCUGUGCUGGGCCCUGCACAUCUGCCACGCUGGUGCACAGCUGGCGUGGGCCUCGCACAUCUGUUCUGCGCCGUGUGUGUGUCCCCGGCACGGUGUGGCUGUCGCCGGUGGUUGCGGCGCGUUGUGUCGUGGGGGGAGGAUGCCCGAGAAAACAUUUGGAAAAUCAGUGGGAGCAGCCACAAACGCUCGGCUCAAGACAUGGGAGGGGGGCUGGGGCACUCAAAGGUGCCCUCAAUACCAGGAUGCAGUAGGGUGAGACGGAAAGGCGGGGGGCUGGUUCCUGCGCGGGGGUCCUGCCCCAUCGCUGCCCCACGCUGCAGGGCGCCGGUUUGCGCGAGUGGGGCUGAUCCCCUCCCCGGUGAGCCGAGCCGGCUGUCGCUAGGUGGCAGCAGGGCCACGUGGCAGUGCCACCACUGCCGCUGCUGUCGCUGUCCCCGCUCCAGGACAGAGGCCGCCACUCCUGGGUGCAGGGCAGGACCCGCUUCCACGCUAUAGUCGCCAUCACGGCCGGCCCCCGGGGUGCUCGUGGUCCUGGGGGUGUCUAAAGCAGGUCUGGGGGGCCAUGGAGGGGACUCGUGCCCCGUGUGCUGGCCCUGCAGCAGCGCAGCCCCCCGCAGUGGGUGUCCCUCCCGGCCCGGGGCUGGGGGCUGCUGGGGACACCGCCGCUCUCUGGGGGUGCGGGGGGUCCUGCUGGCCUCCCGCAGUCGGGUCGGGCAGCCCAGCGCACCCCAAACCUCUUUCUCUGGUCUGUCUCUCAGACCCAAGAGGGUCUGGCUGCCGGUGGCACUGGGGUGUCACCGAGCGGGGGGUGGUGUUGCCCCCCCACCGAAGCACGGAGCCCCCGGGCCGUACGCGCGCGGCGAGGUUUGUCCGCCCGCGGACGCCGUAGCAGCGCGGAAGUGUCUCCAUGGAGACGGGAGGAGCCGGGCCCAGGGAUGGAGAAAUACGAGCGGAUCCGGGUGGUGGGGAGAGGGGCCUUCGGGUGAGGGGGCGCCGGAGAUGGGCGAUGGGCACGUCUCCAGUCUUUCCGCCUCCGGGCGGCAGGUCUUUAAGCCGCGUCCCCGCGGCAGCGAGGCGCUUGUGGCCGCGGCAAUGCGGGGUCGGCCGGGGUGUGGCAGCGGGGGGGACAUGGCACAAAGAGCGCGACACCCCGGGGCGCGGCGAUUGCGGGCGACCUGUGUCACCCCAGGGUGAUGUCCAGGCCCUGUGUUGCGUCCCCCCUCCCCGCGCUGAGGCCUCGUCCCUGUCCCCGCAGCAUCGUGCACCUGUGCCUGCGCAAGGCCGACCAGAAGCUGGUGAUCCUGAAGCAGAUCCCGGUGGAGCAGAUGAGCAAGGAUGAGCGGCUGGCAGCGCAGAACGAGUGCCAGGUCCUCAAGCUGCUCAGCCACCCCAACGUCAUCGAGUACUACGAGAACUUCCUGGAGGACAAGGCGCUCAUGAUCGCCAUGGAAUACGCCCCAGGGGGCACUCUGGCAGAGUUCAUCCACAAGCGCUGUAAUUCCUUGCUGGAUGAGGACACCAUCCUGCACUUCUUCGUGCAGAUCCUCCUGGCCCUGCACCACGUGCACACCAAGCAGAUCCUGCACCGUGACCUGAAGACCCAGAACAUCCUCCUGGACAAGCACCGCAUGAUCGUCAAGAUCGGAGACUUUGGCAUCUCCAAAAUCCUGAGCAGCAAGAGCAAAGCCUACACAGUGGUGGGAACUCCGUGCUACAUCUCCCCGGAGCUCUGUGAAGGGAAGCCUUACAACCAGAAGAGUGACAUCUGGGCCCUGGGCUGUGUGCUCUACGAGCUCGCCAGCCUCAAGAGGGCUUUCGAGGCUGCGAACCUUCCUGCCUUAGUGCUGAAGAUCAUGAGCGGGACGUUUGCCCCGAUAUCAGAUCGAUACAGCCCCGACCUGCGCCAGCUCAUCCUCAGCAUGCUCAACCUGGAUCCUUCCAAACGGCCCCAGCUGAACGAGAUCAUGGCCCAGGCCAUCUGCAUCCGGCCCCUCCUGAACCUCUACACAGAUGUGGGCAGCGUCAAAAUGAGGAGGCCUGAAAAACCCUUGGCUCCGGUGCCCACAGUGACCCACAGCCGGACAGGGGGACGGGCAAGCAGUGCCAGGCAGAGGGGUGUCCGACGUGGUUCAGCCAGGACAGGAAUCCCACCUCCACUGUCAUCCAUCUACACGUGGGGCAGUGGGAUCACCACCCCUCUGCGCCUGCCCAUGCUGAACACCGAGGUGGUGCAGGUCUCUGCUGGCAGGACACAGAAGGCUGGGGUCACCAAAUCUGGGAGGCUCAUCCUGUGGGAGGCUCCUCCCAUGGGUGCUGCUGGGGGUCCUUCUCUCCCAGGAGCCACUGAGCAGCUCCAGCCUCAGUUUGUGUCCCGCUUUCUGGAGGGCCAGUCUGGAGUGACCAUCAAACAUGUGUCCUGUGGUGAUCUUUUCACAGCCUGCCUCACAGACAGGGGGAUAAUCAUGACUUUCGGCAGCGGCAGCAAUGGCUGUUUGGGGCACGGAAACUUCACGGAUGUGAGCCAGCCCAAGAUUGUGGAGGCCCUGCUGGGCUACGAGAUGGUGCAGGUGGCCUGUGGUGCAUCUCACGUCCUGGCGGUCUCCAACGAACGGGAAGUGUUUGCCUGGGGCAGGGGGGAUAACGGUCGGCUUGGGCUGGGCACCCUGGAGUGCCACAACUGCCCCCAGCAGGUCACAGUCCCUCCGGAGCACGAGGCUCAGAGGGUCAUCUGUGGUAUCGAUUCCUCCAUGGUCCUCACAGUGAAGAACCAGAUUCUUGCUUGUGGGAGCAACAGGUGUAACAAGCUGGGCCUAGACCGGAUCAGCUCAGCAGAGGAGCCUUCCCCAGAGGACCAGGUGGAGGAGGCCACUGUGUUUGUGUGUGCCCAGUCAGCCCCCUUGAACCAAGAGCCCAUUGUGUGUGCUGACAUUGGUACAGCACAUUCAGCUGCUGUCACAGCCUCUGGCCACUGUUACACCUUUGGCAGCAACCAGCACGGGCAGCUGGGCACCAACUCCUGCCGCAACAGCCGCGUGCCCCACCUGGUUGUGGGGCUCGAGACGAUGAAGGUCACCGUGGUGGCUUGUGGAGAUGCCUUCACUGUGGCCAUCGGGGCAGACGGCGAGGUGUGCACGUGGGGGAAAGGAGCCAGGGGACGCCUGGGCAGGAAGGACGAGGAAACAGGAGUGCCAAGGCCAGUGCAGCUGGAGGAGACACAUCCAUACCUGGUGACCUCCGUUGCCUGCUGCCACGGGAACACACUGCUGGCAGUAAAGCCUGUCGUGGAGGAGUCGCCUUCCCAGUGAGUGAGAGCAGCCACAUCCUGCUCUUCCUGCUGCCCACGGUGGCCUGGCUCAGACACACUCCAGGCUCCAGAGCUCCUCAGCUGCACUCUGAAGGCUGGAAACAGAGAGCUCCUAACGAUGGUUCCCAAGGAACCAGAGCUGGUCUCACUUAUUGAAUUGUCACUGUGAACCUCCAGUGCCUGAGAGUCACUGCCCUGGAUGUGCCCAGAGCUCUGGGGCUGCCUUCAGGGGGUCACACUGUGGCUCUUCCCCUCCCUGCUGGAAGUGCCUGUGUGGGAGAGUGAGGAGCACGGAGGUUGUUUUCCUCUGUGGAAACUGUUUCUGGUUACAAAGCCCAGGCUGACAGCUCCGUGUCUGAGAGGGCUGUCAGCCUUUGCACAGCAGCGUCUGGAGUCAGGGCCCCAGGCGCUGUGCUGGGUGACUAAAUGCAAACCUCUUUGCUAAUUAGAGAAGUCUGUCCUUUCCCAUCCCCCCCUAAAACGUUUCACCCAUUUAUUGAGCACACUUUGGAGGAUCCUGCCUGCAGGGUUGGCCGAGCUCUGCACGAGCAGCCUCCCUGUGCAGCACAGCUCUCCCCAAAUGCUGCCUGGAGCUUUCCAAUUACAGCCUCCCCUGGCCCCAGGAGGUCGCUGGAGGAUCCUCCAGCUGACAUUUGUCCUCAGGCUCCUCAGUCCUGCUGUUGACCGGCUCACUGGCUCCCAGCUGAGCUAGAGAAGGCAGCAAAACACAGCCAGUGAUCGUCAGUACUUGAAGUUUUUUAACUCAGAUUUGUCCAGGGAGCUGAUGAGUUUUCACCAGGGGUCUUUUCGGGCAGGAGAAGCACAUCCAUGUGCUAUGGACAAGAGUCAUGUUUUUUGUCUCCAGAAGGGUCGUUUCCUUUCCUUUAUUUUUUUCCUCUUCUUUUCUUUUUUUAACUUACAUUUGCCCUGGGCCAUUUUUUGAUGAGCUUCUGUCUCUGAUCUGUCUGACAUUGCAAAUGCUCUUGCCUUUCACAUCCAUCUUUGUGCUGUUGCCAAUCUGUUGUGUAUAAAGUCGGUGCUUUCAUAA